CACACAAUUGCUAUUGUAUAACGACCAUGGCUCAGUACAAGCUGGAAGUGACAACGGGUAACAUGAUGAAUGCGGGAACGCUUGACCAUGUACAUGUCACCUUAAUUGGAAGUGGAGGGAAGAGCGAGCGAACCAAGUUGGACAAUUUUGGUGUAGAUUUUCGAACUGGGAUGACAGGGGUGUACAAUGUGAAAACCAGUUUGCCCCUGGGGAAACUUCUGCUAGUCAAAGUGGAAAAAGAUCCUUUCUUUCUUCUCCCAGAAGAUGAGUGGUACUGUUCCAAAAUAGUGGUGACGACUCCAGAUGGAGAUGUCAUUCUUUUCCCCUGUAACAGAUGGAUCUCCAGGGGAGAGCUGAUGGAACUGAGAGGAGGGAGAGCCAUGAUGGUUUUUGAGGAGGACCAUCCACUGUUGAUUGACCACCGUGAAAAAGAGCUCACACUUAAAAGAAGUUUGUACCAAUGGCAGAUUAUUGAUCAAAGCCUACCACACAUGAGCAAUUUCAAUUAUAUGUCUGAACUUCCAGCUGAAGUCUGCUUCUCCAUGUCAAGAUUAAUGGAAAUACUUUACACGAAAGGAAUUACUAAAGUUGAACUCAUGUUUAAGGGACUGGCUGGAUCUGCUGAACGAUGGGAAAGCAUUGAGGACAUGAAAAAAAUCUUCUGGUUCAAAAAGACAGCAAUAUCAGAGUAUGUUACAGAGCACUGGAAGGAAGAUGACUUUUAUGGGUUCCAGUUUAUGAACGCAAUCAACCCCAACGUGAUCAAAAGGUGCUCAGAACUUCCUUCAAACCUUCCAGUCACAGAGGAGAUGGUGAAGCCCUUCCUGCAGAAGGGAAGCUCUCUGAAGAAGGAAAUGAAAAAAGGCAAUAUAUUCCUCUGUGACUACAAGAGGUUAGAUGGAUUGCCCACAAAGGUGUAUGAUGGUGAAUCUCUGCAUGUCACUGCUGGUCUCUGUUUGCUCUACAUGAACCCAGAGAACAAACUGAUGCCAAUUGCAAUUCAGCUGCAGCAACAACCAUCCGAGCAGAACCCCAUAUUUCUGCCCAGUGACAAGGAGACGGACUGGCUCCUAGCCAAGAUGUUUCUUAAAAAUGCAGAUACCAUACUACAUCAGUCAAUCUCUCACUUCAUGUCAACUCACCAUUUGGCAGAAGUCUUCACUGUUGCCACUCUUCGCAGCUUCCCUGCGAUUCAUCCUCUCUACAAGCUGCUGAUCCCUCAUUUCCGUUACACUCUCCAAAUAAAUACUAUUGGCCGGAAAUCUAUUUUUGGAAGGGAUGGGAUUUUAAGCAAAAGUUCACUUGGAUACGACGGGACAUUAGAGCUCAUGAGAAGGUCUUUCUCUGAGCUGACCUACAGCUCCCUCUGUCUGCCAGAGAACAUCACUGCACGAGGACUGGAGUCCAUCCCGAACUUCUACUACAGAGAUGAUGGCCUGAAGUUGUGGAACAUCAUCAACAGAUUUGUGAAGGCAGUAGUGGAGUACUAUUAUCCCUCAGACACUGAGGUCAGUAAAGACACUGAGCUGCAGAAUUGGAUCGGUGAGAUAUUCACCCAUGGCUUCUUAGGAAACAAAGUCUCAGGGUUUCCAGAAAGCUUUGUAACUGUUGAGGAAGUGAUCAAGUUCAUCACCAUGGUGAUAUUCACAGUGACAGGUCAACAUUCUGCAGUCAAUAAUGGACAGUUUGACUACUACUCCUGGACACCCACUGGUACGCUCCUCCUGCACAAUACUCCUCCAACCACUAAGGGGCAGUCAAGCAUGAAGACAAUUUUGGAAACCCUCCCAAAUGUUGGACUGACGGUCUCUUUUGUGACAAUGGUGUGGAUACUUACAGACAAGUACACUGACAUGGUUCCCUUAGGUACAUACCCUGAAGAACAAUUCAAUGAACCUGGCAUUAUGGAGAUGAUUAAGAAUUUUCAAGUGGAGUUGUCCUCCCUCAGUGAAGCUAUUACAGAAAGAAACUCACAGCUUGAAGUGCCCUACACUUAUCUGGACCCUGCUCGGAUAGAGAACAGCAUAACCAUUUAACUAACCCUUUAAAGUCACGUUGUCUUUCGGGAUUAUUACCAAUACAUAUCCUUUUCUUCACACCUGUCUUGCAUGUUGGUUGUGUGUCAAACACAGCUAAAUGAGAUGUAAGUGAGAUGGCAGAGACAGUGAGGUAUUGCAUGCUCGGAGAGGAUGAUUUUGGCUCCGCUAUGUUAAGUGCAUCUGUGGGUUACCUUUGUGUGAAUUAUGUAUAACAUAGACAUAUGCUGAAAAAUUAUUUCAAUGAGCAGUUUGUUAAGCAAAUCUUUAUGCACCAGCUUGGACUCAUGAAUCAAUUAGGUCAUGCAUGAUGCAAUAAACACAGACGA